UUAUUCAUUUCAUCUUGGGUCUUCUCUUUCGGGAUGCUUAUAUAUAGAUGUUGAGUUGAGCAACAGAUUAGAUUUUGAAUCAGAGAUCUAUCCAUCUCUGUAUGAACAAUGGGUGAUGGUAGCCUCAAGAAAAGCAAGCUUACAUGGCCCAAAACAUUGGUUAGGAAAUGGCUCAACAUCAAGAACAAAUCAGAAGACUUCCACGCAGACGACAGAGAUCUGUACAGAGGUGAAGGUGGAGACUGGAGGAACAAUGGCAUUGAAAGAGAAGAAGCAUGCUCUGUCAAGAAAAGCGGAACUGAGACUCAGAGCAAAAAGAAUGCCGGAAGAGCAAGACGAAACAAACACGAAUUCGAUUCACCACUUGUUAAACAAGUUGAUAAUCUUAGGAUAUUCACUGCUACAUGGAAUGUGGCCGGAAAAUCUCCGCCGAGUUAUCUGAAUCUGGAGGAUUGGCUCCACACUUCACCUCCUUCCGACAUUUACGUUCUUGGCUUCCAAGAGAUCGUUCCUUUGAAUGCCGGCAACGUAUUGGGUACAGAAGACAACGGUCCCGCAAGGAAAUGGGUGUCUCUCAUCAGAAGAACCUUGAACAGUCUCCCGGAGAACGGCGGCGGCGGCGGCGGCGGAAGCUGUCGAACUCCUUCGCCGGUUCCCCACCCGGUCGCCGAGUUGGACUCCGACUUCGAAGGCGCAAAUUCGUUUCAGUCACUGAGCAAGAGCCUGAGGAUGAAUGACCUGCCUUUGGGCUUGGACUUGGACUUGGACAUGGCAGAGCCGCAUCUUGACCGGAGGUUCAGCGUCUGUGACCGAUUCAUGUUGGGCCACAGAGCAGAGGAUUUCUACGACCAGAGCUUCGGGUAUUAUUGCUCCUCCGUAGAUUCUCCAUGUGAUGAUAAUUUGUCGAGGAGUGGAUCUUUUGUGAGAGACGAGAGAGUGAAGCAGCAGGGAAGGGACAAAUCAAAGUAUUGUUUGGUGGCGAGUAAGCAGAUGGUUGGGAUAUUCUUAACCGUUUGGGUGAAGAGUGAUCUGAGGGACACUGUCAAGAACCUCAAAGUGUCUUGUGUUGGAAGAGGCUUGAUGGGUUAUCUCGGAAACAAGGGCUCGAUUUCGAUGAGCAUGUCAGUACAUGAGACGAGCUUGUGCUUUGUUUGCAGCCACUUGACGUCUGGUCAGAAAGAAGGAGACGAGCUGCGAAGAAAUUCUGACGUUUUGGAGAUUCUUAGGAAAACCAGGUUCCCUAGAAUGAACAUUAACGCAUCCCACGACAGCUCUCCUCAGACGAUUUUAGAACACGAUCGGGUAAUCUGGCUUGGAGACUUAAACUAUCGUAUCGCUCUUUCUUACCGGUCUGCAAAGGCCCUUGUGGAGAUGAGAAAUUGGAGUGCCUUGCUUGAGAAAGACCAGCUACGGGUAGAACAACAUAAAGGUCGAGUCUUUCAAGGAUGGAAUGAAGGGACGAUCUAUUUCCCACCAACUUACAAGUACUCCAACAAUUCUGAUAUCUAUGCUGCCGAUGAUCGGCUUCCCAAGGCGAAAAGACGCACUCCAGCAUGGUGUGAUCGCAUACUCUGGUACGGGAGUGGUCUUACUCAGCUGUCAUAUGUUCGCGGGGAAUCAAGAUUCUCUGAUCACAGACCAGUCUACAGUUUGUUCUCGGUUGAGGUUGAAUCCGUAUCUAGAAACCAUGUCAGGAAAUUCUCUUCUUACUCCAGCUCUAGGAUCGAAGUUGAGGAACUUCUUCCUCAGCGGUAUGGAUAUUCUGAGCUCAACCCCUACUGAUUCAUCAUCAUUUUAUCCUAAAUCCGGUCUGAAAAAAAGUUUCCCGAAGGAGGAUUCAACGUUUCUUAACCCUGAAAAGAAGAAUGGGGUUGCUUAAGAAACUCUGCAUUUCUCUGUUUUCGGGGAAGACAAUAAAAAGAUUCGAGGGAAAGCAGAAGAGAGUAAUAAGGUAGCUUUAACUGAUCAAACAUAUUAUAUAUCUUUAGGAUUAUAGAGGAUUGACCAGUUUUUGUGCUUUUCAAACCAUUAGUUUCUCCAUAGAGCCAUCAAACUUAUGUGUAGAUAUAUGUGUAUCCUUGUAUAUCUAAUGGAUUCUUUGUAAUGAGUA